AUCUACACUGAUCAUCAGGGCACUGAUGAUCAGUGUGCCCUAUUGAUCAGUGUAGCCCCAGCAGUGCCAUCUGUCAGUGCCCAUCAAUGCCACCUGUCAGUGCCUCAUCAAUGCCACAUAUCAGUGCCCAUCUGAGCUGCCUUUCAGUGCCACCUAUCAAUGCCAGUCAGUACCACCUAUCAGUGCCAUCAGUGCCACCUAACAGUGCCGCCUAUCAGUGCCAUAUGAGUGCCACCUUUCAGUGCCCAUCAGUGAUGUCUGUCAAUGCUCACCAGUGCCAUCUACUAGUGCCUCCUCAUCAGUGCCACCUAUCAGUGCAGCCCAUCAGUGCCCAUCACUGCAGCCUCAUUAGCACACAUCAAUGA